CAGCUCUUGUACAAGCUCUGGUCAUACUUGUUAAAUUAAGACGCGACAGAGCAUUUGUACUUUUUCAGUUUUCUAGAAAGGAAAAUGGCAUAAAACCCGGCCAAAAAAGUGAUAAAAACCCAAAUUUUCUAAACACACACACAUACAGACACGAGAAGAGCCAACGAACUCGUGCAGCGACGCCCAAGAAUGAAAGAGAGCAAGGCAACAUGAAAAUUACAGCAACAACAACUGCUGGCUCACCGAAGAAGUUGUAAAAAAGACGCAAAAGAAGAAGCAGCAGCCACAACAGUAUUUUUAUUAGCGGGUGUUGUUGUUGUCAUAUACACAUCUCCCCUAACUCAACGUUUACGUUCCACCAGCAGCAUAUAUUAUAUAUCUUAGAGAAAAUCCAAUUCCAAAGAGAUCUGACGACGCCCUAGCAGCGGACAACCAACCAAUAUUUUAAUUUAUCAUUGUGAUAGUUACUAGUUUUAGUACAUUUUAAGCACUUUUAAACAACCAAACGUUGCAAGCCAAAAACGAGAAAUCCAAAAAAGCUAUAGUUAAUAGAUACAUAUUGUAAUGCAUUCCAAGAUGAGUGGACAGUAUGGGUUGGCAGCCGUCGCCCUGCUGUUGAUUAGCUGUCUGGCUUGUCCAUCGAACAUCGAGGCCUGCUCCAGCCGCACGGUGCCCAAGCCGCGCUCUUCGAUCUCCUCGUCGAUGUCUGGGACUGUCUUGCCGCCCACUCAAGCACCAAUCACUAGUAGCACCACAAUGCGCCCUACAACGACGACCACGCCCCGACCGAACAUCACAUUCCCCACGUACAAAUGCCCGGAGAACUUCGACACCUGGUACUGCCUGAAUGAUGCCCAUUGCUUUGCGGUGAAGAUUGCCGAUCUGCCGGUUUAUAGCUGCGAGUGCGCCAUUGGUUUUAUGGGCCAACGGUGCGAGUACAAGGAGAUUGACAACACUUAUCUGCCCAAGCGACCGCGUCCAAUGCUGGAGAAGGCGAGCAUUGCGAGUGGAGCCAUGUGUGCGCUGGUCUUCAUGCUGUUCGUCUGCCUGGCCUUCUAUUUGCGCUUCGAGCAGCGGGCUGCCAAGAAGGCCUACGAGUUGGAGCAGGAAAUGCAGCAGGAGUACGAUGACGACGACGGCCAGUGCGAAUGCUGCCGGAAUCAGUGCUGUCCGGAUGACGAUGAGCCGAUCGUUGUGGAGCGAAAGCUUCCCUACCACAUGCGGCUGGAGCACGCUCUCAUGUCCUUCACCAUUCGACGCAGCAACAAGCUGUGAGGAGAUAGAAUUAUAUCGAAUAUGCCUUGCCCAUCACAAAUUUACAUUGGGCUUUAGUCGAUAGUUGAUAAAAUACCUAUUUACUAAACGCUAAAUGUGUGUACCCAAGAACUGUCCACUAAACCCUACUAUCUAGAGAUUCUCACAUUCUUGUACCGAAAGUUUUCACCCAGAAAUGUGGUUUAAACGAGCCUUGUAUUACCCAAUUGACUAUGAAUUUUUAAAAACCUAAUGCUAGCUAUUUAUUAUUAUUGCUAACUGAUAUGCGUAUCACAAACACAACGCGAAACACGCGCCAAGUAUUAUUUAUUGCGAGAGAGAUUUAAGAAAAAAUGAUCUGAAUUUUUCUAAAUAAACUUACGAAACUGCACCAUGCAAA